CUCUUUUCCUUUAAUUUCAUGAAUCCAUUGAAACAAAUUCCUUGUUCUGUUCAUUCCUUCUUGAUCCGAUUCUCUCUUUAUUUUAGGGCUCCUCAAAUCUUCUGAGUAAAGCAAAAUCUCCUUCUCCUUCUUCUUAUUCGUUUAAUUUCUGAAAUUCUCUUCAAAUUAACCAUGGGGGAAGAAGAUAGUAUUUACACACAAGAUGGAACUGUGGAUUAUCGUGGAGAUCCUGCUGUUAGAACACAAACUGGAACCUGGAGAGCUUGUCCUUAUAUUUUGGGAAAUGAAUUUUGUGAGAGAUUGGCUUACUAUGGAAUGAGCUCUAAUUUGGUGCUUUACUUUAAGAAUCAUUUGAAUCAGCAUAGUGCUACAGCUUCUCAGAAUGCGAAUAAUUGGAGUGGAACUUGUUACAUUACCCCCUUGAUCGGAGCAUUUUUGGCUGAUGCUUACUUGGGUCGAUAUCGAACUAUUGCUGCCUUUUCCAUCGUCUAUGUCUUUGGGAUGACACUUUUGACGUUGUCAGCUUCAGUGCCUGGCCUAAAGCCCACCUGCGUUGCUAAAGAUGAUUGUCAUGCAACCACUGCUCAAAGUGCACUCUGUUUUUCGGCUUUGUAUUUGAUUGCAUUGGGAACUGGUGGGAUUAAACCUUGUGUUUCUUCUUAUGGAGCAGAUCAAUUUGAUGAUGCUAAUGAAACCGAGAAGAAGCACAAGAGCUCUUUCUUCAAUUGGUUCUAUCUUUCAAUCAAUGUUGGUGCUCUAAUUGCUAGUUCUGUGCUUGUUUGGGUACAAGAAAAUGUAAGCUGGGGUUGGGGGUUUGGUAUUCCAGCCAUCGCUAUGGCGAUUGCUGUCGUUAGUUUCUUUUCCGGGACUCGGUUGUAUCGGAACCAGAAACCUGGAGGAAGUCCUUUUACACGUAUAUGUCAGGUCCUGGUCGCAUCUUUUAGAAAGUAUAAGUUAAAAGUACCUGAAAGCAAGGCUUUAUAUGAGACCACUGAUUCCGAGUCUUCUAUCGUGGGAAGCCGCAAACUUGAUCACACAGAUGAUUUCAGGUUCUUCGACAAGGCAGCAGUGGAGCUUGAAUCAGAUCAGACGUUAAAGGGCUCAGUAAACCCAUGGAAGCUUUGUACUGUCACUCAAGUAGAGGAGUUAAAGGCCAUCAUAAGGUUGCUUCCAGUAUGGGCAACUGGGAUUACAUUUGCUGCUGUAUAUAGUCAAAUGAGCACUUUAUUUGUAUUACAAGGUGACAAAAUGGAUCCUCAUAUCGGCCCAAAGUUUGAGAUUCCCGCUGCAUCACUCUCCAUUUUCGACACAUUGAGUGUGAUCUUUUGGGUCCCGAUUUACGAUCGAGUCAUAGUUCCAGUGGCUCGAAAAUACACAGGUCACCCAAACGGCAUAACGCAACUGCAGAGAAUGGGUAUUGGCCUGUUUAUUUCAAUUCUAGCUAUGCUAUCUGCAGCUAUCUUAGAACUUGUGCGGCUUCGAGAAGUGAAAAUGCACAACUAUUAUGAACUCAAGCAUAUGCCUAUGUCCAUAUUUUGGCAAGUUCCUCAGUAUUUUCUUAUUGGUUGUGCUGAGGUAUUUACCUUCAUUGGGCAGUUGGAAUUCUUUUACGAGCAAGCUCCCGAUGCUAUGAGGAGUCUUGGCUCGGCUCUCUCGCUCACUACCAUUGCACUUGGAAACUACCUGAGUUCUCUACUUAUGACUAUUGUCACCAAAGUCGGUACAAAAAACGGGAGGCUUGGAUGGAUACCAGACAAUUUGAACUAUGGUCAUGUACAUUAUUUCUUUUUUCUCUUGGGGAUCAUGAGUGUCAAAAACUUGAUUGCUUUUCUUUUCAUAGCCAAGUGGUACAAGUAUAAGAGACCCAUCGGAACGCUUCGCUGAUUGAUGAAGAAAGUAUGGAUAGCUCACUGAAGAAUGAUGCAAAACAGAACAGCCUCUACAUUCUGUCAGUAAAUUUAGUUGAUGUUUCUAUGUUUGUAAUACUACUCAUGUUCAAACAAGAAAGUAUUAAGAGUCAAAAGUUUAUUUA